AUGGCCACUUCGCCGUCGAGCAGCUUGCUGCGCGUGCUCCUCCUCGCCGCCGCCGUCGCGGUGGUGGCCGCGAGGCACCACCACCCCGGGUUUGAGAAGAUCUUCGAGGUGCAGGAGGCGGACCGGGUGGAGAUGCUGCCGGGGCAGACGGAGCAGGUGGGCUUCCGGCACUACUCCGGCUACGUCACGGUGAACGAGACCCACGGCCGCGCCCUCUUCUACUGGCUCUUCGAGGCCACCCACGACGUCGCCAAGAAGCCCCUCGUCCUCUGGCUCAACGGAGGGCCUGGAUGCUCGUCCGUGGGGUAUGGAGCGAUGAUGGAGCUUGGCCCCUUCUUGAUCCAGAAGGGAAAGCCCGAGAUUGCCUUGAAUCCCCACUCAUGGAACAAAGAGGCAAACAUGCUGUUCUUGGAGUCCCCUGCCGGCGUGGGCUUCUCCUACACCAACACCACCGCCGAUCUCGGCCAUUUUGGCGACAACCUCACUGCCCAUGACGCAUACUCUUUCCUCGUGAACUGGCUGGACAAGUUCCCUCAGUUCAAGGGCCACGACCUGUACAUCGCCGGCGAGAGCUACGCCGGGCACUACGUCCCCCAGCUCGCCGAGAAGAUCGUCCACAUGAACAAGAAGGCGUCGCGGGCUCACAAGGUCAACCUCAAGGGGAUCCUGAUCGGCAACGCCGCCAUCGACGCCAGCUCCGACGACCGCGGCCUGGUCGACUACGCCUGGGACCACGCGGUGGUCUCGGAUGGGAUCUACACCGCCGUCAAGAACAACUGCAAGUUCCCCGACGACGGCAUGGAGAGCGACGCCUGCGACAACGCAUGGAACGACUUCUUCAACGCCAUGAACGACAUCGACCUUUACAGCCUCUACACCCCCGCCUGCACCAAAUCCAUGGUCAACUCCACCAACUCCUCCCCCCGCCGCCGCUCCAAGCUCGCCGGCACCGGCACGCCGCUGGGGAAGCUGCACCGCGGCGGCAGGCCCUACUACAACGCCUACGACCCCUGCGGGGACUACCACAUCCUCGACUACCUGAACCGCGCCGACGUGCAGAAGGCGCUGCACGCCAACGUCUCCGGCGCAAUCCCGUACCGCUGGGAGCCGUGCAGCGACGCGCUGACCAACUGGACGGACGCGCCGGCGUCGACCCUGCCGGCCAUCGGCAAGCUGGUGAAGGACGGUAUCCGGGUGUGGGUCUUCAGCGGCGACACCGACGACCGCGUGCCGGUGACCUCGACGCGGCUCGCGCUGAAGAAGCUCGGGCUCGCGACGAAGAAGGGGUGGAGGGAGUGGUUCACCAGCGACCAGGUGGGCGGGUACACGGUGGUCUACGACGGGCUCACCUUCGUCACCGUGCGCGGCGCCGGACACAUGGUGCCCAUGAUCACGCCGGUGCAGGCCAGGCAGGUCUUCGCGCACUUCCUCACCGGCGAGGAGCUCUCCGCCAAGGCCAUCGUCGCUUAG